CAGAUGGUGAGCUAGAGCCUAGAGCGCGUGCAAGAUCGAUCGACGGGGACGGCCAUGGCUCGGCGAAUCACUGGUGUCAUUGCCGCCGCCAGCGUCCUCCUCCUCCUCGGCGCCAGCUGCGUCUUCCUGCUGGCAUCCGCGGACGGAGACGGCGGGGCAAUGCGGUACAACGCCAUGUUCAACUUCGGCGACUCGCUGUCGGACACGGGCAACCUCUGCGUGAACAAGUCGGCGACGGAGGAGCUCCUGCUCACCUUCGCCAACCCGCCCUACGGCAUGACCUACUUCGGCCACCCCACCUGCCGCUGCUCCGACGGCCGGCUCGUCGUCGACUUCCUCGCGCAGUCGCUGGGCCUCCCUUUUCUUCCCCCGUCCAAGCUCCCCGGCGCCGACUUCCGGAAGGGCGCCAACAUGGCCAUCGUGGGCGCCACGGCGCUGGACUUCGACUUCCUCAAGUCCAUCGGCCUCGGCUACCCGAUCUGGAACAACGGCGCCAUCAACGUACAGCUCCAGUGGUUCCGCGACCUCCUCCCGCGCGUCUGCGGCGGGCCGCAGAGCUGCAGGCCCUACCUCGCCAGGUCCCUCUUCCUCCUCGGCUCCAUCGGCGGCAACGACUACAACGCCAUGCUCUUCUUCGGCUUCAACGUCAGCCGGGCCAGAAGCUACGCCCCCAACGUCGUCGACAACAUCGCCGCCGCCCUCGAGAGGCUGAUCGAGCUGGGUGCGGUGGACAUCGUGGUGCCGGGUACGCUGCCCAUAGGGUGCGUCGCGCUCUACCUCACCAUACUACCGAGCCGCGACAAGUCGGACUACGACGAGCAUGGCUGCCUCAAGCCGCUCAACGACCUCGCCACGUACCACAACUCGCUGCUCCAGGACAGGCUCAACCGCGCACGCGCCAGGCACGGGCCGGCGGCGAGGAUCAUGUACGCGGACUACUACGCCUACGCCAUGGACAUGCUCCGCGACCCGGCGCGCUUCGGCUUCACCACGCCCGUCGCGGCGUGCUGCGGCGCGGGCGGCGGCCCGUACAACUUCCGGUUGGACGCGCGGUGCGGGAUGAAGGGCGCGAGCGCGUGCGGCGACCCGUGGAGGCACGAGUCCUGGGACGGCGUGCACCCGACGGAGGCGGUGAACAGGCUCGUGGCCGACGGGUGGCUCAGGGGACCGUACUGCCACCCUCCCAUCCUGCAGUAAUUAAUAGAUCACCGACGGCAGGAUCUACCCAUGCAUUGAGCAGAAACACAUAUCAGUCCUGCGAGAGUGACGAUGGCAGUGAGACAGACGUGUGUGUGCAGCAGCAGAAUGAAGAUGAGGCUUCCGAUCAA